AACAACAAUAACAACAUAUCAAGUGAAAUUUCAUAAGUUGAGUCUGAGGAGAAUAGAAUGUAAGCAAACCUUACUACUGCCUCGUAAAGGUAGAGAUACUGUUUCCGAAAGAUUCGGCUCUGGUGCAGCAAUUCUUUGACCCUUAACUCAAAACAUAAAAAUGUUAGAAACACACAGCUUUGAUUUACACACAUGAUGUCUCCCAAAAACUUUCAUAUUUUCUACAAUAUUUUCUUCACUUAUCUCUGCUUGUUCAUCUCUGCAACCUCUUUUGAUUACGAUUGUCACACAUCAUUUACUUUCUACACACAAAAUAAUAUCUCUUCUACUUACAAACACAACCUUAAUACCCUUCUUUCAACUCUGUCCACAAACGCUAGAACAAAUCAAAAUGGAUUCUUCAAUUCCAUAUCUAGUCGUCGCCGCGACAACCCUAGUUCAGAAACAGCCUACGGGCUGUUUCUAUGUCGCGGCGACGUGUCUACUAACGUUUGUAAAAAAUGUGUUGACACUGCUACUAAAGAUAUAGUGAGAUUAUGUCCACUUGAAAAAGAGGCUGUGGUUUUUUAUGAUUAUUGUAUGUUACGUUAUUCAGACAACAAUAUUUUUGGAAUAUAUAAUCAGUAUUUCAUUUUUUCUAAGUCUGAUAAUAGCCGUAACGUUACUGAACCAGAAAGAUUUUACAAGAUCCUGGCUUAUUUGAUGAAUGAAUUGACAACUCUUGUCGUUAAUGAUGAUCGAAAAGGCAAGAAAUUUGCAACCCAGGAAGCUAAUUUUACCGCCUCCCAAAAGGUAUAUGCACUAGCACAGUGCACACCAGAUAUAUCAAGUGAUACUUGUAAAGCAUGUCUAUCACAAGCAAUCUCCGGAUUGCCAACUUCAUGUAAAAAAUCAAAAAGUUGUAAAGUGGUCCUUUUAAAUUGUUUUAUUUGGUAUGAAUUUUUUCUCUUUUACAAUUCCAAAGCCUCUGCUGCACCAUUGGUCCAAAACACCCCUCCUCCUCAAAUAAUUUCUGAAAAUGAUCAUAGAAGAAAUUGGAUAUUUUCAGCAAGAACAAUUAUUGCUAUUGCUGUUCCAGUAAUUUCCAUAGUGUUUAUCAUUUUGAUUGUGGGACUCAGUUGCUUCAGAAGGAAAGCAAAGGGUAGAAAGGGUAAACCGAAAGAUAUAAAUGAAGUACGCUCUAAUACCAAAUCCUUGCGUUAUGAAUUUGGUGUUAUUCAAGAUGCCACAAAUAACUUUUCCAUUGGAAAUAGAAUUGGCCAAGGUGGAUUUGGUGAUGUCUACAAGGGUAAACUUCCAAAUGGACAAGAGAUUGCUGUGAAAAGGCUUUCACAAAGCUCAAAUCAAGGAUCAGAGGAAUUUAAGAGUGAAGUUGUACUUGUUGCUAAGCUCCAACAUAGGAGCUUAGUGAGGCUAUUGGGAUUUUGUCUACAAGGAGUCGAAAGGAUACUCAUCUAUGAGUUUGUGCCCAACAAGAGCCUUGACUACUACUUAUUUGAUCGUGAGAGAAAAGGGCCAUUGAAUUGGGAAAUUCGUUUGAAGAUUAUAAGGAGGAUUGCACGUGGACUACUUUACCUUCAUGAAGAUUGUCCUUUAAAAAUUGUGCAUCGUGAUCUCAAGCCAAGUAAUAUAUUGUUAGAUGUAGAAAUGAAUCCAAAAAUAUCAGAUUUUGGAAUGGCUAGGAUUUUUGGAGCUCAUCAAACUCAAGGUAACACAAUGAGGGUAGUUGGAACAUAUGGAUAUAUGUCCCCUGAAUAUGUAAUGUAUGGCCAAUACUCUAUCAAGUCUGAUGUCUUCAGCUUUGGGGUUUUAACUUUGGAGAUUGUAAGUGGCAACAAAAAUAGUUCCUUCUGUGAAUCAAAUGAAGCUAAUGACCUCCUUAGUCAUGCUUGGAAACACUGGAAGGAAGAUACACCUUUGGAAUUGAUUGAUUCAACACUAGAAGAUUGUUAUUCAAGAAUUGAAGUUCUUAGGUGCAUCCAAAUUGGACUAUUGUGUGUACAAAAAGAUGCACAUAAAAGACCUACAAUGGGUUCAAUUGUUCUAAUGCUUAGCAGUAAUUCAAUAACUUUGCCAAAUCCUCAAAGACCAGCAUUUUUUGCUAGUAGUAAAACAGGUAUCCAACCCAAAGAGUACACAUUUCAUGAAUAUUCUUCAACUUCAAGCAUGUAUAUAGAUGAAGAAUCAGUUACAAAAACCUUCACAAAAGAUGUUUGAUAUAUAGAAUUAGUUUUGUGAAUUUUAAAUUAAUUAGUGUGCAAGUACUCCCUCCGUUUCAUUUUACUU